AUGUCGGACGUAGAAGAGAACAACGCCCCCGAGGUCGCCGAGGAGGUUGAAGUUUCCGGAGAUGCCCCCAAGGGCCAGAUGUCCGUUCUGGACGCCCUCAAGGGUGUUCUCAAGCUCGCUCUCAUGCACGACGGUCUCGCCCGCGGUCUCCGAGAAGCCUCCAAGGCUCUUGACCGUCGCCAGGCUCACAUGUGCGUCCUGAACGAGAACUGCGAGGAGGAAGCCUACAAGAAGCUGGUCAUUGCUCUCUGCAAUGAGCACAAGAUUCCUCUCAUCAAGGUUCCCGAUGGCAAGCAGCUCGGCGAGUGGGCCGGUCUUUGCGUUCUGGACCGUGAGGGUAACGCCCGCAAGGUCGUCAACUGCUCUUGCGUCGUUGUUAAGGACUGGGGUGAGGAGUCUCAGGAGCGUUCUAUCAUCCUGAACUACUUCCAGACUUCCCAGUAA